GUGUUAAAAAAACAGCCAAUCAUGGAGCCUGUUGUUUAACAGUCACUCGGUUUGAAACAGUAAAGCAAGCGUUUUCUAACUGACGGAAUAACUUGGGAAACGAGUGCGGUAGCCUGUAUAAAAAUAUAAAACAGAUGUCCUCAGACGAAGAACCAAACACUCCUGUCCUGCCCAAGGACUCUGAUCCUGGCAGCUCUGUCUCCUCUGAUCUUCAGGAUGAGUAUGAGGAGCUCCUCCGCUAUGCUGUUGUCACCCCUAAGCUUGACAGAUUCACCAGUCCUCAUUCGCCUGCAGCGAGUCGGACGUCCCAGAGAAAAGAGGACACAAAAUCACUGCGCCCGGCAGAUACAGCCACCGAAGCUAAAGAUGGAGGGCAUUCCAGCAGGAGUGUAAGAUCAUUACAGGUCUCGCCCUUACUUGAGCCCUCCACACGUCUAAGAGCCUCUCAUGCUGAGGAUACGGCAGGUCGGUCAUGUAGCAGGCAGUCCGUGCUCUCAAACCCUCCCUCAGACAGGUUACAGACAACGUCUGAGAGGUCAAGGCAAAUCAGCCCACACCAACUCGAUUCUGUUGUGACAGAGAUGUUUAUAUCGGAGGAAGACAUAUGCAGGAUUGAGAACAUUCUGGACAUGUGGAGCAACAACCUGAAGUCAAAUGUGCUGACAGAGCUCAGGAAGUGGAAGCUUGCGUGCAUGGAGCAACACCAACUGGAAAUGAGGAAAGAGAAGGAGAGGUAUGCAACCCAGAGCGCUGACCUGAGGACAGAAAUAGACAGUCUGAAGGGGUUGCUAAACACCUACGAGACUUCCAACCAGAGAAAAGAUGAGGUGAUAAUGAACCUGAGCAAGGUGUUGGACAGAAAUAAAGAGAAACAUGAAAAAAUGAGAGCCUUCACCCACUGGAGAAUCCAGCACUGUGAGGCCAAAGAGGAGGCACGUGCUGCUCAGGUAGCACGACAGCACUACCACUUGCAGCUGAAGAAGAAGGUGUGGUUAGGCUGGCAGUCUCUGAUCCAGAAACACUGGAAGGUCAAGGUGGAGCGGGCUUGCCGUGCAAGGGCUGAAGAAGUCUGCACCCGUCUGUCUACAGAGUAUGAGGCCAAGCUGGCUGAGCACUGUGAGGCUAUAGAGAAGGCCCAGGCAGAGAUUCAGAGACUGCGGCUGGAGCGAGAGCGCUCUGAAGAAUCUAUGAAGAAAGCCUUCAUGAGGGGCGUGUGUGCUCUCAACAUGGAGGCUCUCGGCAUGUUUCAAACCACAGAGGGACAACCUUCAGUUCAAGAACAGCACGAUAAUCUGCCUCCUCAGGAAGAGUACUCUGCUACAUCGGGUCAGCUACAACCUUUUCCAAUCUCUUCCACACAGUUUAGUCCAGUCUAUUUUGACCGGCCGGACCCUUCCCACAGCCAAGCAGAGCAUAUGAUGGGCUUUGGUGCCCCCGCGUCUAGGGCAGAAGCGAUCGCUCCCUCUGCAGCAGUGCAUGGCCCCCUCCCGAUGGCAAGUUCCCAGAAACAGGUGAGCGGUCGUGUCGUCACUGCCAGUCAACAAAAAGCCUCAAAGACUGUAACGGCUCGCAUCACUGCCCGACCGGACACCGGCAAGGCUGCACGGGUCAACCUCCAGGUGACGAGUGUGGCUCCGCCCAUGAGCUCUGUGAUCGUUGAACGCCAUCAUCCUGUUACGCAGCUCACGAUUGGUCAGGCCACGGCAUCAAAGUUUCCUCGCUCCUCCCAACAGGGCCCAAGUUCCACCAGAGGAAGAAGCUCCUCCAGAGCACACAGCAGCACGUGCCAUGCGCACUCCAUCAAAGUAGUUGAUUGACCACAUACAUGAUUCUCACAGAGUCUUCCUCAACAGGUGUCGGUUUUAUUGCAUGCCACUAACCAAGAAAUGUGUUACUGUGGCCAGUUUUAUUUUAUUUGGAUAUUUUUGAUUGAAUUUGGCCGUGCACUCUGCAUUUGUAGGGAACAUUUAAAUGUCCUUUCAUCAAUGUGCAGGAUUUUUUUUGUAAUUUCUCAGGAAACCGUUUGUAGACAGGUGUAAAUGUUUUGAUUAUUAACAAUUGGACAGAAUUUAGAGUUACAAAACAGACUUUAUUUCUAUGAAAAAAACGUUUUGACAGAAUAGUUUAUGUAAAAUUUAAAAGUAUUAUUUUUAGGAUUUUUUUUAUAGAGACCAACCAUCCAAAAGGAUGGAGGU